UGUGGUCCGGUGGCUCAAGAGCAAACGGUUUGGCUCGUUAACGAAAAGCCUCGGCAUCAUGGAGAUGCAGCCGAGCAAGUUGCAGGCCACAGAGGCCAGAGAGGCCAGAGCCAAGGUACCCAAACGAUGCGAGGAUGAUGCAGUGGUGCCCACACCGCUCCGCAGGCGCUCGGUCUCGCCAGCGGUGGCGGAUGUGAGGAGUGAAGCUUUGCCAGCCGAGACGAUGGCACCGAGAAAAGAGCUCCCACACCUGCCGCGAGGGUUGGGUUUGGCAGCUGGUGUUGCCAUGUUGGCCUUUGCUUGCUUCCGACCCACAUGGUCCAAAGCUUCAAUGCCUUCGCGGCAGGUGCGCAGCAUGGCCACAGUGGAACCAGAGCCUGAGGAGGGCCCCCGCUUGUCGAUCCUGACGCGUGAAGCCUUAGAGUGCCCAAGCUUAAAAGCUGACAUACUUGACGUGAUUGCUGGUGCCCCAUACGAGUUUGGCACGAUGGAGGACCAAGAGGCGCUCGGCAAUCGGUGUGGAAGAUAUGCCUUGCACCGGCUAGCGGACUAGCCUUUGCUUCUGACAUAAUGCGGUUGGUGAGGAUUUUGUUUGGACUUGAAGGUGACAUGAAUUAGUGAGUCUUCAUAUUCUUUUCGCUUGCCGGGUUGAGCUGAGCUAUAUCUUGGAGACCAUUGCUCGCCACAGCUCUUGGCAAUUGCCAGUCCAGAUUGGUACCUAUGGC